GACCGAUGGCACGGCCGUGGCCUUUGGCGGCAAUUUCUUCGGCAACUGCGAAAUCCCAGCGUUGGGCGCAGGCUUGACUUACACGCGAGCCGCAGCUGGUGGAGGUCACACUGUGCUGCUCAAGAGCGAUGGCACGGCCGUGGCCACGGGCGCCAAUAUGGGCGGGCAAUGUGACAUCCCACCGUUGGCUAGGGGCUUGGUUUACACGCAGGUCGCCGCUGGGCGCCACAUGGCGUUGCUGCUGAGAAGCGACGGGGUGGCCAUGGGCAUGGGCAUGGGCAGCGAUGUCGUGCCGCUGAGCUGGCCACCUGCUGACAACGACGACGCGGCGUGGGUGCCGCAGCUGGGCGAGGGCUUGGCGUACGUUCAGGUGGCCGUCGGCCUGACGCACGUCGUGCUGCUCAGAAGCGACGGGGUGGCCGUCGCCCGGGGCUACGAGGAAUCGCCCAACGUUCACGACAACAUUCGCGACGCGAUGGCCGAGGAUAUCGAAACGUCGCUCGCGGCGCAGCUGCCCAAUGCAUCGAUGACUUACAAACAAGUUGCAGCCGGGAACUACCACACAGUGUUGCUGAGGAGCGACGGCAUGGCCGUGGCAUGUGGUCACAACGAACACGGCCAAUGCAACGUACCUACGCUGGACGAGGGCUUGACGUACACCAAAGUCGCCGCUGGGGGGCGCCACGCGGUGCUGCUCAGGAGCGACGGCGCUGCCGUCGCUUGUGGUUCGAAUGCGCGUGGGCAAUGCGAUAUCCCAGAGCUGCGUGGUGGCCAGACCUACUACUACGCACACGUGGCCGCUGGAGAAUGCCACGCGGUGCUACUCACCACCAACGGCGCGCCCGUGGCUUGUCGGGAAAAUUGGGACGGGCAGUGCGACGCCCCUGUGCUGGACGAAGGCUUGGCUUACGCACCCUCACUGGCAAGAUUUAUCCUCCUACAAGCGAGCAUGGACGGCGACUCGAUGCGCUUCACAACGUUCGGCGGAGAGGAACGUAGCCGGAUUUGGGCAGGCCCCGCCGCUCGCCUCACGGACAUCUACGCCCACCUUACGGCUGAACACCGUUUGGGCAGGCUGGGGCAUGGGGCCGACAAGGUCGACGCGAUCCUGCCCGGGGGGCGGCUGCUCAGCAGCGCUACGGCCGAAGAGACGGUCGCCAUCGCUCGCUGCGCUGGGGAUUUGAAAAAAUACAUUCGCUAA